GAGACUGGUAAGCUACAAUACAUUUAUUUUUUGUUGGGUGUAGAUAUACUCAGGAACAAACAUACUGCUGUGCUGCUACAUCUUCUUGCCCUGCUGCAAUAGGCAUUGACCCAAACAUUUCUCAUGCUUAUCUUUAAUAAAUGUGCACAUUGGAUUUUAUAUAAUAUAAUUCUGUUUUUCUUGUAGCUCAACCACAGUAUUCCGCAGUCAUGCUGAAACAACUAAAAAUAUGCACUAUAUUUUUUAUAGUGGUGGUUAUAGCCUAUGUUAGCAGGACCUCUUUUAAAUCUAAAAUUGGUCUAAUUUCGGAUCUCCUCCUUUCCAAGUACUUUGCAAUCUCGAACAGCACCAAUUCGUUUGGUGCUUCCAACAUUCUAAGAGAAGGAAAUGGAAUCUUAUUUAUGGAGACCACGGACAAAAUGAAUCCACCAUCCCUGGUACUUUGUGCCAUUGAAUCAGCCGCACGAGUCUACCCUGACCGACCGGUGGUCUUCUUCAUGAAAGGACUGGAGAAUAUUACCAGCGAGGAAGACAAAAAGAGAGCAAAACAACAAUUUCCAACCCUGUCGUCUUAUAGCAAUGUGUAUCUCUUCCCUCUGAGAAUGGAUCAGUUAUUUAAUAACACACCACUUAAGCCGUGGUUUGAUAAGGUAAACCCUGAAAAAGAAGUCUACUGGACCCAUGUGAGCUCAGAUGCCUGUAGGAUUGCCCUAAUGUGGAAAUACGGUGGAAUUUACAUGGAUACUGAUGUCAUCUCACUUCGUCCAAUACCCCAGGACCAUUUUAUAGCAGCCCAGGAAGCCACAAUUAUUAGCAAUGGUGUUUUUGGCCUUUCCUCACAUUACCAGUUGACAUGGCAGUUUAUGGAGAACUUUGUUGAGAACUACAGGGGAGAAAUAUGGGGACACCAAGGACCAGGGGUUUUCACUCGUGUGGUGAAGAAAUUGUGGGGCAUGCCCGUAUUUAACUCUACGGAUGAUGUCAUGUGUGGAAACAUCAGUUAUUUUCAUCCUCAACGUUUCUACCCCAUCCAUUAUCCAUCAUGGAGAAGGUAUUUUGACGUCUGGGAGAAUUUGCCAACUUUUAAUGACUCCUAUGCCUUACAUCUUUGGAAUUUCAUGAAUAAAGAAGGUAAAUCUAUGGUACCUGGAAGCAACACGUUGGUGGAACACCUCUACCAGAAACAAUGCCCUACCACCUAUGAAUAUAUCUUGAGAAAUAAAUGAACUCACCUGUAACAAAUAUGUUGAGCUUAUAAAACAGAUUUUUUUGAAAGAUCGGCCUAUACCGACAUACACUCUAAGGCAGGGGUGGGCAAUUAUUUUUUCGAUGGGGCCACAUGAGAAACUAAAAAUAUUUUGGA